GUCUUGACAACCACCCAAUCCCAUUUUGAACAUCCACGCCACCGAGAAACCUGGAGACCUGACAACAUGGCUUACCUCCACCGAGGCCACCGAACACUACUCACGGCUUUACCUAUCCCCAUAUCCCCUCAGCCAGAUUGGUCCACCUACCCAUCGACUCGUCGUUCGAUAGCAAGUAGUUCAUCCAGUUCCACCACCAUCCGACGUGUACCUCCGCCUAGCUACGCGGACUCUUUACCUGAUUCUGUCAACACCUUCCCGGUGGAGGACACUACCGAAACUUUUCAUCAUCCGACGGCGGGGCACAACGUUGAUGGUUUGUCAUAUGGAAUUCCUGUAGAUGAGGAUAUGAGGUUGAGAAGGCCAAGACCUAGUUUGAGUAGAGGGACGAGUGAGACGAGUCAAGGAGAUGAUGAUGGUCCUAGAAUGAGACCGAUGAGGAGUAUGAGUUAUGAUGACUAUGUAACGUCAGAACAGUCCACUCCUCCCCCUCCCGUCACACACAAUCGAACUUUCUCUCAUUCCACAAAUCUCCUCCCCUUCUCCUCCCUUCCUACACUUUCGCCUCCUCCACUUAUCCCUCUUCACUAUCCUCCUUCUUUACCAACCAUGAACCCCCCACACCCUUCAUCCCUUCAAAACCCUUCCUCCAUACCCUCAUCUUCGUCUUCAACAGCUAUCGCCCCUCCUCUCACAUUUCCCUUCCCCAAAAUCGAUGCCCUUCUCCUCUCCGCUCCGACCCUCGAUUCGUCCCCGGAACCCGAUCGUCUUGCCUGGGCGCAAGACGUACUACGUAUUCUGGAGAAACACAAGCCUUCCGAUGGGAUCAGUAAAGGAAGCUCCCGACCCAUACCUUCUGCUCUGACUUCUUUGCUCCAACAGGCAGUCCCGAUCAUCUUGGAAAUGAGUAAGAGCAAGGACGCUUCUUUGGCGGCGAGAGCAGGAUAUCUGAAAGCGACCCUGAUGGCUUCGGGAACAUGUGAGUUGGUACCUAAAGACCCAAGGACGGCGUUCAAGGAGUUCGAGAUUGCGGCGAAGGGAGGUGAAGUGAGGGGAUGGUUCACGUUAGGAAGGGAUUAUGAAAGUGUUGGGGAUGUACAAAGAGCCAAAGACUGUUUCGAGAGGGGUAAAAACAAGGCGGAUGGAGAAUGUACAUAUCGCCUUGGAAUGGCCCAUCUUCUCGGUCAACUCUCCCUCCCAUCAAACCCCGAUAUCGCUCUCCCACUCCUUUCCACCGCCGCAGACCUCGCCACCAUAGACGCCCCUCAUCUAGCAUACGUAUACGGCAUGUUACUGGCCAACGAACUAGAAAUACCCCAACCUCUCCCCUCUCAUCUCGUUCUACCUGCCGACUCCCCACCCGAGACUAUCAUUGCUCAGCACGUCCGAGCCAAAGAAGCCAUCGAACGGGCUGCUUAUCUUUGUCAUCCCGCCGCACAAUACAAAAUGGGCUAUAUAUACGAGCACGCCGCCUUGGGCAGUGCGUACGAUCCUCUAAUGAGUGUUCAAUGGUAUAGCCUCGCAUCGCAGGGACGAGAGGUGGAGGCGGAUAUGGCGUUGAGCAAGUGGUUUCUGUGUGGGGCAGAACCUCAUUUUGCAAAGAAUGAAGAGCUGGCAAGGACUUUUGCUGAGAAGGCAGCUAGGAAGGGUCAUCCUAAUGGGUGUUUUGCAAUGGGUUAUUAUUAUGAACUCGGUAUUGGAGGAAGGAAAGAUAUCGUCUCAGCUACCAAAUGGUACAAUAAGGCUGCCAAGCUCCAGAAUACCGAUGCCAUCGCUCGUCUUGCUGCUCUCGCUGCUCCUGUCCCACGAGCCAUAUCAAUGCAAGAACACGAAACCCACGUCCAAGACACUCUCGUACGCAAACGUACAGCCGCCAAGAUCCGUUCUGACAGAACUUCCAUCCAUCGUCCUGCUCAAGCCAUAGUUCAGCGUAGAAGACAAGAAGAAUCGCUCCGUCUACAAGCAGACUCUGCCGCCCGAGCUGCAGCCAGAGAUGUACCACCUGUUCAACAAGGUGAACCCAUCUUUUCCCCCAAUCCACGUCCAGGAGAAAUCAUGGCUACCACUCAACGAUAUCUCACCCCUCUUCGAAUGCCUGUUCCUUCCAGAGAGCCACAAAGAUACGUGAACAACGGGGAACACCUUCGUCCAUCGAGAAGCCCCGGUUUAGUAUCACCUCGAUCCGGAGAUUUCCCGAUCAGUGCGUCUAUCCCGGGAAGAGAUGGAAAUAGGGUGUACGCGUUGCAAGACAGUCGAGUGGGAAAUGUGCAGGGAGUAUUUGGAGGAAGGGAGAUGGAUGAAAGAGAGAGGGAGAGGGAAAGAAUCAGGGAGAUUGAGAGAGAGAGGAAGGAAGGACCUCAAACUUUUGCAGAAAUGGGUUUUGUCAGUAAGCCGGUGGAGGAUGAUGGGUGUGUCGUCAUUUCCACGAUAGGACCAUGCGGACGGUGUGCAUAUAGCGGAUCUAGGACACGCGAUCGACCAAGUCGACGUGGGAAAUCAAAGAGGUUACGAAAGGUCGAGGUUUUGGAAACGCUAGUGGUCCGCUGGAACACGCAGUUUAAUCCCAUGUCGAAGAGGGAUAAUCGACGGCAAGGGGGCAUCGCGGAUGGGAUUGAUGUCGUUUUUCGGGAAGAAUAG